GAGGCCCUCCUCGAUGUCGUAGCAGACCUGGUACAUGAGAAAGUAGAAGCCGGCCUGGCCCGUCUCGAACUCGUAGGCGACCCAGGGACGGCUUGGCUUCCACUGCGAAACGGGCAGCAUGUCGAGGAAGAUCCCGUCGAGUUGACCCCCAACGAACAGGGCCUCUCCGUAUCCCUCCGGUCCCGUAUCUUCGGUGGCUCGKUGCCCUCCGUUUCGUGGUGGCUCCUGUAAUCGUUGCUGGCCCCGGAAAGCCGACAAGGCCCGUCCGCUCUGGUCGUUUUGACGCCGCAGAGAUCGAUGCCGACCGAAGAGGUCGUCGUCGAUCCCGUAACCAUAGCCGUAAUCGCGGCUGUUUUUGGUGAGGAAGUCAUCGUCGCCGYAUCCCCUGUAAUUGCCRUCGUCUGUAUAGGUGUAAUCGUCGAGGUCGCUGUUGCUAUCGUAAAAGGCGUCGUCGUUCGAGUCCAAGUACUGCUGAAAGAUGCACCGGCCGGGAUCGGCUCGGAUGUAGUCCAUGUAGUGAUUGAAGCUUGCCUCGUCCCUGAAUUUCUUGAGCAAGAAGCCCGCCCCCUUGACGUUGUCGAGGACGUCUGCCAGGACCAGAUCGYUGGCAGCGGAACCUCCGUGMUCCUCUCCGUUCUUGUGCCUGUGCUUUUUCUUGGGCGCCGACAGUUCAAAGUCAAAGACCGUCAGGUUGUAGUGGCCCGAGUCCAGGAACCCAAAGGGGAAUCCCAGCGGACCGAUCAGGCUGCGAUGGUCGCGCCUGGUAUAGUAGUUGUGCUUCAGUGCCUCCGCGGUUUCACCGACGGCUCCGAGCCACGCCAAAAAGARGCACGCCAGGACCGCCGCCCGGUGGGGGAAACAUCGCAAAGACUCUCUCAUGUCAACAGUAAGAGUAGCGCCGGAGAAUCGAUCUGCGAAUCAAAGAGUCAAAGAAUCAACGAACCAAUUCGUCGAUCAGCGAGUGAACUUGAGCURGUGUCGCUAGUGCUGCAAAAUCGUGCCCUGUUUUCUGGUUGCAAGGGUGUUGUAAGCCGUCCACUACACUUUCUAUUCCGUUUCAAUUGAUUCCUCCUUUGUUGUUCGGUCAAGCAAUUUCGAAAUACUUGUGAAGUACGAGUGCCAUGGUGGGUAGAAACUCGUUCUUGACUAACUACCGUACGUACCGUACUAUCAGCUCUGUACCGUACCUCGACUUGCCGCUUUGCCAUCGCACGGGACUUCGAUUUUCAAAAAUGACUUCGGUUUCCUCCAUCCGCUUCCGAGGUCUGGGGACGAACACUAUCAUAUGUUAAUAUGUUAAGUACAUAUAAUAAAUAUGUUGUUAAUAU